AUGGCCUGGCACUUCCAUGGGAACUCCCUGAUGGCGCCGGUGGGCCGGUGGCAGAAGGGGAAGGACCUGACGUGGUACGCCAAGGGCAAGAAGGAGACGGGCCCCACCUUGUCCCGCGAAGAAGAGCUGGCCGCCGUCCGCCUGGCCGAGCAGGAGGCCAUGAUGGCAGCCCUGGGCUACAAGAACGUGAAGAGGCAGCCCACCGGCCUCAGCAAGGAGGACCUGGCUGAGGUGUGCAAGCGGGACAGCGCCGAGCGAGACGAGAAGGACGUGGACCGGGUGGUGGGCUUGGGCAGCUCCAGUGGCAGCGCCGGCCGGGUGAUGCUCUCCAAGGAGGACAAGGAGGCGGCCAAGAUGGGGCUCUCCAUCUUCGCGCACCAGAAAGUCGCCAGCAGCCCGGAGAUGUCCGGCUCCAAGAAGAAGCAGGAGAAGGAGGAGAAGAAAUCCAAAAAGGAGAAGAAGAAAAAGAAAAAGAAGAAACACAAGAAGGAGAAGAAGAAGGACAAGCAUCAUAAGAGGGAUGCUGCCUCAUCGUCCUCCGAUUCUUCUCCGGACCAGGAUGAGAGGCACCACCGAAGGAAAACCCAGCAGCGCCCCGAGACAUCGCGGCACGGCAGCCGGCGGCGGCACGACAGGGAUUCCUCUGCCAGCAGCCGGGAUUCGGGCAGGAGCCCUUUGCGCCAUCCUGCCCGUCGGCGGAGCCGGAGCAGGGACGGCCGCGGUCGGCACCCGUCCCCACGCCGUAAGGGGAGGAAGAGGAGCAGGAGCCGGUCCCCUCCAUCCCGCGGGGUCAGGCAACGCCACGACACCGAUUCGGAGGACUGA